AUGGCAGAUGGGAACGAGGAGCCCCAGGCGGAGUCCGAGGAGGAGGAUUCCCCAGGAGGAGCGGCCAGUGCCCGUGUCCCAGCGGAGCGCAGCGGCCAUGUAGCUGUCACUGACGGGAGGAGGAUGUUUGUCUGGGGGGGAUACAAGGUGACAUGGUGGGCUAAACCCCAGCUGGCUCCCUCUGUGAGACAUGGGCCCUAAUAAUAAUGGCUAUCACUGGGCUCAUACUGAACACUAGCCCACUGUUAUAUAGUAUUACUGGACCACUAUAACUACCGCAUUCUGUGCCUGUCCAGCUGGACACCAUAACUACCGCAUUCUGUGUCUGUCCAGCUGGACACCAUAACUACCGCAUUCAGUGUCUGUCCAGCUGGACACCAUAACUACCGCAUUCUGUGCCUGUCCAGCUGGACACCAUAACUACCGCAUUCAGUGUCUGUCCAGUUGGACACCAUAACUACCGCAUUCAGACCGCAUUCAGUGUCUGUCUGGCUAGGCACCAUAACUACCGCAUUCAGUGUCUGUCCAGCUGGACACCAUAACUACCGCAUUCAGUGUCUGUCCAGCUGGACACCAUAACUACCGCAUUCAGUGUCUGUCCAGCUGGACACCAUAACUACCGCAUUCAGUGUCUGUCCAGCUGGACACCAUAACUACCGCAUUCAGUGUCUGUCCAGCUGGACACCAUAACCACCGCAUUCAGUGUCUGUCCAGCUGGACACCAUAACUACCGCAUUCAGUGUCUGUCCAGCUGGACACCAUAACUACCGCAUUCAAUGUCUGUCCAGAUGGACACCAUAACUACCGCAUUCAGUGUCUGUCCAGAUGGACACCAAAACUACCGCAUUCAGUGUCUGUCCAGAUGGACACCAAAACUACCGCAUUCAGUGUCUGUCCAGAUGGACACCAAAACUACCACAUUCAGUGUCUGUCCAGAUGGACACCAAAACUACCACAUUCAGUGUCUGUCCAGAUGGACACCAAAACUACCGCAUUCAGUGUCUGUCCAGAUGGACACUAAAACUACCGCAUUCAGUGUCUGUAUAGGUGGACCAUAACUACCGCAUUCAGUGUCUGUUUACCUGAACACUAUAACUACCACAUUCAGUGUGUGUCCUGCUAGACCAGGGAUAGGCAACCUUCGGCACUCCAGAUGUUGUGGACUACAGAUGUUGUGGACUACAUAAUGCUCUUACACCCAUAAUGCUGAGAAAGCAUAGUGGAAGGUGUAGUCCAAAACAUCUGGACUGCCGAAGGUUGCCUGUGCCUGGCUGUGCUAGACCACUAUGAUUAUCACAUUCAGUGUCCGUCCAGUUCCCUAAGUCCACCCUGUCGUUCAGGCAUGGGUAGAUCUAUGGGAUCUGUUUUAAACAUCGUCAGUGGAGCCACAUUGUUGCCACUUUCGGACUCUGUCUAGCCUGGCUUCCAUUACAAAAAAGAAAGAUGAGGUCUGUUUUAAAUCUUCUAACUGGGACGUCAUAACUACCGCUUUGUCUAGCCAACUCCCUAAAUAUACUGCGCAUACAAUUGCCAGAUAUACCUUGUUUUCUAGAGACACAUAUCACUUCAUCGUGAUUUUUGGCUGUACUUGAAAAGUGCUACACUGCAGUAUGUGUCGUUAAUAUGCUACUGGAGGGCCAUAAAUAAAGAAGGCUUAUGAAAUGAAAUGCUUUUAAAGCAAGUCUGUCACAUAUCCCAUUUUAAAAAUAAGUAUUUCAUAAAUAUAACAUCUUUAUGAAAUACUCACACUUACUGUGUUGGGGGAAAAAAAUCUUUGUAUGAAGGAUCCCUCUGUCUCGUGGGAUCCUCCAUAGACCUCCACAUACACCUCCAUAGUGUUGUACUCUCACCGGCUCCUGACAGUCGAAGCUCAAGGAGUCUGUGACGGACAGGUUUAGGUAAGUAUAACUUGCCUUCCAUGGCCACUGGGAUGUAACCACCAGGUAUCUCUGCCAAUUAUGCCAAGGCCCCAGACGGUGACAGAGCCACUUUAAAGGAGGGACACUCUUAAGAACACACAGUCAUCAUAGAUGAUUCCUAUUGUGCAAUCUACUGGCCCGUGACCAUCGUGUAUUUGUAUCAUGCAUUCAUAUGGGGAAAUGCUUGGUGCACAUUACUGUUCAUGUGUAUUAGGCCCCACAAUGUUUUACUUUGGAGAAACAUUGGCUAGGCUGAGAUGAUACAAUCUUAAUUGAUAGGAAGAAACACUACUAUUAGAAAUACAUGUUUGUAUUUAUAUUUUUUAAUUCUUUAUUCAUUUGACAGCAAAUAUCAGCAUUACAGGUUGCAAAACAACUGCACAUAUGACAAAAGUACAGUUUCAGAUCUGUCAACAUUUUAAGAAAAAGAGUGACAAAUUAGUUUUGCAAUGUUAUUGUACAGCUCCUUUAGGGUAGUAGCAUAAUACAGUUAUGAGCUUAAUAAGUCCCAAAACCACACUGGUGUUAAAUGAUUAGCAAGAUAAUGUCAAUCCUUAAUGGAUAGGGAACCUGGAGUAAACAACAAAACAAAUAAUGAAGGUGUGGGGGAUGUUUUGUAUAUGUAAUGUUAGUUUCCCUUUAAUUUCUAGCCCACCUGCAGCGUAUGAACUCAGUAAACUAUAGGGCAGCACUUUUUACCUGCUGAAAGCUAGCAUAAAAAAUGGGAAGGAAAACAGUAUUUUAGUUUUAAGACUCCCACUGACUGCAUUGUAAUUUUUGCAAAAUCCUGAAAUCUAAAGGUAUCAUUAGACAAAGAGGGACUAAGUUGAGAGAAGGCAGAGAAUCCACCGUCAGGUUUUGUCAAAAAAGGCAUCUUCGCACAUAUUGUACCGUGGAUCAUAGAUCCCAGUGGUGUUCUGCAAUAACGUGACUUCUAUCUAUGAACCACCUGGAGUCAAUUAAAGAAGAUGGUGACAACCACUGGGGAUAAGUUCAGUAAAGUAUAAUUAGUGAAUUGUUGGGAAUUCAGCAUGAACGUUGCAUUGUAACAGAGCGCCUGUACCCAGCAUGGUACCUCCACCAUAGUCUCAAAGAUCCCGCAAGGGAAUAGUGACUUAUUUCUCCCAUAUGCUCAAACAUUAGUCGAGACAACUGGUUUUAUUAGGAAAAAGUGCGCACGUUUAUACCCAGACGCUCAGCACAGAGUCUCUAUUUAGAACAUUCUAAGCCCGCCCAGGUGUUUCUUUGUCUGGGAGAUAAGUGAGUUGGCCCUCGGUAAAUUUAUUAUCUCCCGGAUACAGAGUGUAAUACAAAAAUACCCCCAGAACACACAUUAAACAUUAACAUAUCUCCACAUAUAAAACAUCACCGACCAGUAUGAUCCGAGUGCCCAUUCUGUGAAAAUAGCACCGGAUCCAUGUUGUAUUGCCCAAAUGCCAUUGGCUCAAAGUUUUAGCAACUGUUGUAACAAGGUUGACUGAGAAGAGUUCAAUGCGGUCAGAGCCAUACCUUGGUGAAUUACUGGGGGCUAUAUCCUGGCAUGGAUGGGGAGCUACCAGGUGGUUGCAGGGAGCGAUUGUUAGGUUUUAAGGGGUAGUUGCUUCUCCAAAAAGCACUGUCCUGGGUAGUUGGGAAGGUGAUGUAAGUUGAGGUACAAAAGGACCAGGAAAAUGGGCUGAGCCUGGCUGAAUCGGAGUUCCAGGGUGAACAUAGGCUACUCCCGCCGCCAGCACCUGGACACUCCGGCUCCCUGACAACGUCUCCUGGAUAGUGAACAAGGGGCAAUGGAUGAGAGAAGUACACAAAAGUUGGAGGUGACAAGGGAGGUAGCUUCGUAGAUUAUAGUCUAUGGAAAAAUAAUCUUCAACUUCAGGAUUUCCACCACAACUAUUUGGACCAUAGGAAAGCAUUUGGGGGCUAUUGCACAUGUGCAGAAAAAUGCUGCUCUGCUGCAAUUAUCAUCUCCUCAUACAGAUGCAUUGAAUGAAUGCAUCUCUAUGGGGAGCGUUCAUCAUGGAGACUCUGAAUGUAAGCACUUCUAGUGGUCGUCUGAGUGACUGCCACUAGAGGUGUUCCUAGGCAGCAAUGUAACCCCUGCCUUUUCUCUGAAAAAUUGUAACAUGGCUGUGUAGUACUAAAGCAAAUACAAAAUUAAGUAAUGUUGCUGCCUCCCAGUAAUGGGAGUUUAAGCGCAGGGUUUAAUAUUGUACGUUUGUAUUACACAGCCAUGUUACAGUACUGCCGUCCGCCCCUUUGUGUACCCUAUUAAGGGUUAAUAAGUGUGUAGGGAUGAGAAAGAUUUUAUCUUUAAGCUGAAGACAUCACGGUGAAUUGCUAGUGUAGAACUCACCUAAGAGGUUUGCCUUGACGUGGCAGGUGAGCUUACACUUUAAUGGCCAUUGGAGUGAUACUAAAAAACCUCUAGUUAUUUAAAUGUGCGUAGGGAUUUGGGAUAGUGUGCAAGUAUAUUUUUUGUAUGUAUUGCUGCUGAUGUGUACUAUAGUCAUUGCUGCCGCCCAGGAGUAGUGGGAAUUUAAGCAUAGGGCUUUUAAAAUCCUAUUUAAAUUAUUGUUGUGGUUUUUUUUUUUUUGUUUGUUUGGUUUUUUUAAAAUAUAUAAAUACAAUUUCAAAUAAUAUAUCAUGGAUAUUUACAAUUAUUUUUUUUUUUUUUAAGUCUAAAUAUUUGAAACACAUUAAAUCAAGACCCAUGUCUAAGAGCUGUUCUACUAAUAAUAUAACUUUGCAGAAUGCUCCAGCCACAGAAUUCUAUGACUUUUACCUGCCGAGAGAUGAAAUUUGGGUAUAUGCCAUGGACAAUGGGAUUUGGUGAGUGCCUGCAGUUUAUAUUCCAAACCUGAGAUGUAUUUAAUAUUUGUAUACAAAGUGUUAAGAUAAUUAAUACUUUAACAUCUGAUUUCAGAUGUAACGAAAUGAUCAAUUUAAUUCAAAACACUUCAUAUACAAUUACAAGUGCAUUUUCCUUCAAAAUAAUAUAUUUUUUAAUGAAAUUUUUUUAUUUUAAAUUUUGAUGUAUUUUAUUUGAUAUUCCAGGCAGAAGGUUAAAACCGGCGGUAAUGUCCCCCCGUCUAUGUCCGGAAGCUGUGCCGUGUGUGUAGAUAAGGUCUUGUAUUUGUUUGGUGGGCAUCAUGCCCAUGGUAACACUAACCAGGUACGUUUAACACCUAAAACGUCAUGACAAACAUAUAAGGGCUUAGAUAUGAUAAAGUUGAAAAACAAUAAGUAAAACAAAGUAAAAAAUGUGAAUCUGAUGAGUUUACUCACUAAACUGGGAAUUGCGGAGAAUCGACAAUUCAUGCCAGCAUUUCACAUUUCACUGCUUUUGGGUGAGAUCAUUUUGGUAUGCAGCAGGCUAAGGUUCUCUCUGUAAUGGCCCAUGAGACCAAACAUGUUUUUGAAAUACUUGGUUACUAACUGAGAGGUACGCUAUUAAUACAUUUCUGCCCAUUCUCAGUAGUCUUUUAUCUAUUUGUUAUGUGAUUUGUUAGACUGCAAUGCAGAACAUACAAGGUAGAAGAUAAAUAUAAAUCAAUAAACAAGCCUAUAAAUUGCUUUUCGAUGUUUUCGUACUCCUUGAUGUCUAGCCUCCAUGCAACGUAUACCCACCAAUUAUUCUCACAAUACAAAGUAUGUGAUCAAGGCCAGGCUUCAUGCCCCUAAAAGUGCCUCUUGGCUAAUGGACGGUGCUCUGUUCCUAUAUUAAGGAAUACCGAUGACUUAAUGACCUUGUCCUAUGCAAAAUUGUGUUAUUUGAUUCUUACCAUGCCUUUAUUCUACCUACUAGUGAUGCUUCUACCUUAUUUUGCAGUGUUCUAUUUCUUUGUAUGUACUUUUUGAAAACACAAAAUAAAGAAUUUUUAAAAAAGAAUUAAUAAUAUAAAUGUAAUAAGUUUACUCACUAAACCAUGAAUUGUGGAAGACUGACAAAUAACAUUGAAUUACAAAAUUACUUGCAAAUGUAUAGAUUGAGAGAAAAACCUAUUUAAAAAUAGGUCUCUCCCCAGCUUGUCAAUCAAUUCUUCAGCAUAUACCCUUUAUGCCACAGAAUUGACUGAUUGGGAGAGCUGGAAAGACUUCCUACAGGUUGUCCUCCUGCUCUACAAUCAAAGCAACCACAGCACAUGUGCUCUGUUUGCCAAGGUUUCUCCCUAACUGACACUGUUAGCGCUGGCCAGGGAGUAUAGGACUUACACUGAUGUCACUCCGUUUAGACGCUGGAAUAUGGGCAGUGAAGCCAUCAAAGAGGAACUUUGCCGUGUUUGAGGAAGUGUCCCCAAGCAAGGCAAGUCACAUUUCUGCACAGGCAGACUCGAGGUGGAUAUUACAAUCGUGUAACACCCACAAAGGUGAAGACAUUCAGGUGUUUAUUUCUCAACAUGUUUAAUUAAAUAUAUCAAGAUAUACUGAUAAAUUAUAUAUUCAUGGUCUAUGUGGAAGUUCUGUUACAGUGAACCUGUUAGGACAAGUUCACUUUACAUCAUAACUUGGCAGCAAUGCUAGUUAUGUUAUGUUUUUAUUAGAUAUGUGGGAAAUAUCGCAAGAGUAUUGUAGAUAGAGGCCAAUAAAAUGUAGUGUAUCCCUCACCCCCAGUGAGCAUCUCCUAAUAGUGUUUGUACAAUGCCACCACAGAUGUAGCUGAACUAAAUUUCCAAUUAUUCUUCGUAAGCACAUAUGCUUACUGAAAGAAGGCCGUGCCUAAUUCCACCUUUAGGGGCUGUCACUUGGACAGCCACUAGAGAGAUUUCCUGGAUGCAGUCCUGCAAAUAUUACAGGACUGAGCUUUGGCACCUAUGAAGAGAUGCUGAUUGGGGCACUAUGGCAACUGGCAUUCGCACUAACCUCUCAGUGCUUUCAUAUAGGGAAGUAUUGGAUUGGCUGAGCAGUAUUAAUGAUCUCAGCCAAUGGAGGCGUGGUGACUGUUGCAAGACUAGUGCUGGGCAAAAGAAUGUAGGUUUUAACUCUUUAAUUUGCUUAAUUAAGCAGAGCCCUAAUAGUCUAGGUAUAACACUCAAGCUUUAGAAACAUGUUUGCAUUCCUAAAGCUAGUGUAUUCCUUUAAUGUUUAUGAUACGAUUGUAAUUAGAUGUUUUAUAUAUUUUUGUGCAUGCAUUAAUUUAAUAUUUGUUCCUGUUCCAGUUCUACAUGUUGAAUCUGAGUCCCAGAGAUGGAGAUCUCUUGUGGGAAAAAGUUGAAUGCAAAGGAACUCCCCCAUCCCCAAAGGACAAGCUUGGCGUCUGGGUUUACAAAAACAAGUGAGUGAUACAGAUUAGGAAGAUUGGAUGUGCUUCACUGUGUCUGUAUGUUCAUAGAAGCUAUUUUCUAAUGUGUUAAUUGGCAGAAAUGGACAAUUAACUUUAAAUUCUUAGUCCAAAAUAACUUAAUUGCACUAAUUGUUCUACUCGCUUAAGUCUGUCUAUUUUGGUCAAAAAUGUAAAAUUCACAUUUAAAGGGAUCCUAUAGUGCCAGGAAAACAAAGCCGUUUUCCUGGCACUAAAGGGUUAUUAGGUCGCCCCCUCCCGCAGAGCUAAAGGGGUUAAAACCCCUUCAGUCACUUACCUGAAUCCAGCGCUGAUGUCCCUCGGCUCUGGGUCAGGCUCCGCCCGUGCUCCUCCCCUGCCAACGUCAGCCGGCGGGGGAGACCUAAUGCGCAUGUGCAGCAAUGAAAAGCAUAGGACAAUCUAUCCAGCGUCAGAUAAUGGACCAAAAGUCUGUUUGGAUUCCGGAAGCUCUCUAGUUGCUAUGAGGGCAGACUUAGAGCUGCAAUGUAAACAUUGCAGUUCUUUGGAACUACAAUGUUUUACAUUGCAGCACCAAGUGCAAAAGGGUCACAGCACCCAGACUACUUCAAUUAGAUGAAGUGGUCUGGGUGCCUACAGUGUCCCUUAAUUGAAAAAAAAAAUCAUACUUUACUGAAUAACUCUGGCAUAACUCCAUAAGAUUCAGCAAUCAACCGCAUUUGAUCUGAUAACUUUUAAUUCUUAUUAAGCAGAGCAGAUGUAUGGGAAUAACACUGAUCAUGCUAACUAGCGACUAGUUGUGUGCUCAAAUCCAUCUUACCUGAGCACAACAAAUCAAAUUCCUGUUAACUCUAUGCCCGAACAAAUCGAUCCAUCACGUAAGUCCUGGAUUGGACAAGUUGUUCGGUUGUAGAUUGACACUAAUUAGAUUUUUUCGGCUCAGGUGAAAAGAAUUUGUGCACAAGUCUACUAACGACCUUAUAAACAUUCACAUGCACCUGUUGAAAUACCAUAAUCAUGCAUCUGUGCUUUAGGGUGUAAUGCUUUGCUAUGGCAUGCAUGCCUGUCUCCAGCUGAGGCUUACCUGGCACUACUGCAUAUAGUAAUUGCUUGGAAUUUUAGUUGCCCUCAGCAGUCUGCAUUGAAAUGCAGUGUCAAUUUAACCAUUCAAGGUAAAACAUUGCUGUUUUGCAGAAAUGGCAGUGUUUACCUUGAAGAGUUAAACACACCUCCAGUGGCUGUUACACUGACAGCCACUUAAGGCUCAUCCAUCAUGUGUCAUGGAAGUACCUAUAGAAAAGCAUCAUAUUGGACAUAACAUUGGAAGUUGCAGGAGGAGGAUAGGUACGCAGUGCAGAGGGAGCAUCGGUGCUGGAAUAAGGUGAGUUAAACCAUAUUUUAUUAUUUUUAAUGGACACAUGGGGGGGACCUGUAUUACUACGGACAGGGAUACUGUAGCAUUAGGAAUAGAGGUUUGUAUUCCUAACGCAUUAGUGUUCCUUUUAAUAGAAAAUGCAGCGAAAGAUGGUACUAAAUUUUGGUCAUCAGGAACUUUAUAUGCACCAAAACAGCUUGCAUUUUAAUAUAAAGUGCAUUCGUUUAGGUUAAAGGAUCACUGAAAGAACCAUCACAACUUUUGUAUGAUUGCAAGGUUGAUAAUGCAUAGAGUAUCUCAGUCUACUCUAACCUAUAAGAGUGGCUUAGAAUUGCUUAAAUAUGUAAAAAUUGCUUCAGCUAUAAGCCUGCCCCAUAGAGUUAUCAGGUCAGCAGCGAAUGACAAUUCAAGGUUGCCUGUGCCAAUUUUGUCCAUGUUUUCUGUGUGUCAUCUCUGUUACAUUAACAACUUAGGCUGAGUUCUCUCCACUCACAGGAAAGCGAGCUGGUCCAAUAUUGCAUACAUUGACUACAUUUCUGUUGAGAGCUGCCCAUAGUCUGAUUAAGUAACCAGUGAACUGGGUGGUUUGUAACCGAUAGCAGCCAUGCUAUGGCAGAGCAGUUGGUCCCACUUACUAGAACUACUUUUGGUAACAAACUACUUAUCCCAUCAGAACCCACUGUGGGAUAACUGUCUCUUUCUGCUGGAGGCAUCUGCCUGCAUUUGAAAAAAAUUUUGUAGAAGAAGAAAUUACAUUAUUAUAACCGUGUUUUCAAGUACACAUGAUAGUGCGGUACUUUAGAAAAUACAAUAAAAUAUAUAUUAGCAGCAUGUUUCCUUUCAUUAUUGUUAUUAUUUUUUUUUAUUUUUUUUUAAAGUAGACAGGUUAACUGGAAACCCCAUCAUUUAUGCUUGGAGAUUUUCUUAAGGGUUUCUUUAUAAAGAUCACCAAUUUUAUAUUUAUGAGCGGUUUGUUGUGCUUUGAUUGCAAUAUUUAUUUUGUGAAUGUAAUUUACAUUGUUGGAAAUGUUCCUAUAGUUCACUGCCAAGUCUUACAAACUGGAAAGGUGAGAUGUUUAAUGGUGAGGAAAUGGGUGGAACUAAGAGUCAGAUCCUCUAUGCUUUCAUUUACCAACAUAUUUUGUGAAGCUUGAGCAAUAGUGUCUGACCUUGUCCCCGUGUUUGUGUUCUAGGCUGUUCUAUUUUGGUGGAUAUGGAUAUUAUCAGGAGGACUCAGUUGGGACAUUUGAAUUUGAUGAAACCUCCUUUGCCGUAAGUGAAAAUCCUUUUAAUGGUUUCAGGGAUCUGUUCGGUGUCUGUGUCUGAAUGUUCUAUGGUUUGCCUUUAUAGAGUGCAGUGAAAUGUGUAGUUGGCUAAGUUAAUCUAUUUCACAGCAAAUCUUCAGUAGCCCGAUAAUCAAGCCAUUCCUAAAAUAAUCUAGAGCAGUGGUUCCCAACCCAGUCCUCAAGUACCCUCUAACAGUUCAGGAUUUAAGGAUUACCCAGUUGUGUCGAAGGUGUUUUUGAAAGAAAGAAAAGGAAAAAAACACACUUUAGACACAACAGGGUAAUCCCUAAAUGCUGCACUGUUAGAGGAUACUUGAGGACUGGGUUGGAAACCCCUGAUCUAGAGCAAUGUUUCCCAAACCAGUCCUCAAGACCCACCAACAGUCCAGGUUUUGUUAGUAUCCCCAUUGGAAUAAAAUAGGGAAAUGCAUAAAUCCUGGAUUGUUGGUGGGCCAUGAGGACUGGUUUGGGGACCACUGAUCUGGAGCAUAUAAAUUAGAUUGAUACAGUCCAGUAAAUCUUUUUGUUUAUGUGUGUGUCUGAGAGAAGUGAGCGCGAGAGAACAGCCAAGCAAGAGAAAGAGCAUGGCAGAAACAAUGUGAAGAGGAGAGCGUGAUAAACAGACAGGGAGGUGGGAGAAGAGCAUUACCGAAAAUGGCAGGGAAGAAGCGAGUGUGAGUGGUGGGACUGACUGAAAAGAUGGGCCGGAAAGAGAGGUGGGACUGACUGAAAUGGUGGGCAGUGAGAUGGUGUGCAUUACAGAACUGAUUGGAAGGGGAUGGUUGAGAGUGACAGACCUGCCGGGCUGGGCAAUAGUGAGUAUAGCAUAAGCAUGGCACACUAGAAUUUUGGGAAAGUAAAUACUGACAGAAGUCAAAAUGUCAUCAUGUAUUUUUGCAGAAUGCCAGCCUCCCCAGAGGGUGGAACAACCAUGUACACAUACUCAGCCUUGAGAACUUCACCUGGAGCCGAGCUAUAACCACCGUAAGAAAGGACCAUUUACUUUUGUACUUUUGCAGGGGACAUGUCGAUGUGGCUGUAAGGGACUCCUAAUGGGAACUAUGUUUGGACCAAUACUGCAUUCCAUUCUUUUGCUAUGUCUCUAUAUACCUGGGCCAUUGAGCCAACUUUCCCCAUUGAGUUGAAACUUGACUUUAUCCUCUCACCAUAGCCAUAAUUAGUUUUAAACCUCAGGCAUGCCAUGCCAAUUAUGUAAAUACUUUUUGUUUGUUUGUUUUAUUUAUUUUAAUUCUUUAUUUUGGCAGGUGAUAUAUGGCAAUACAGUUUCAUUGUAUCACAGUAUAUAAGCAUGUGCAGUAUUUGCAAACAAUGAUGUCUAGUGUGUUCACCUAUUUUUUGUUUAAAUGAUAACUAUCGGUAGAUGAGUGGUGCCCAGGAUCCUGGUGGUGGGUAGUCGAAGUGUCCACCUUUUCCUUUGUGUAGGCUAAGAAACAUGAGACUAUGUGUCCGUGGCGUUAAUGUGUCUCCCGUGUGUUGUGUGGCCUCUUACCCAUGAGGCUAUGGGGGGCGGGGGGGAUGGAGGCAUUGAGAGCUAUCUAUUGGGGGGGUGUUUGUGUCGCUAUUGCAGCACUUGGUGGACCGCCAUGUGUUGUUUAUUUAUUUUAAACUGUUGUAUUUGUGAGUUUUGGAAUCCAUCCAGGUGAUGGCUAAUAUAAACUAUAAUUAUGUCUGCUGGAACUACAGCUAUAUUUACUUCUAUCUGUAACUUAGCAUUGUUUAUUCUUAAUAUUGGUGACGUUCUCAGACUGUUGACAAACGUGUUGUAUCCUCACCAGGGUAAAAGCCCCUCUCCACGAGCUGCACAUGCCUGCGCCACCAUUGGAAACAGAGGUUAUGUGUUUGGUGGCAGGUACAGGGUUAGUACACUUUUAUAGGUUUCUCUUAUGGUUCUUCUGUUUGCGUUUUUCAUGAAACCAGCACCAACAGUCUUUCUGUUAUACCUUUCAGGACUCCCGAAUUAAUGACCUGUAUUAUUUGAAUUUUGAUACGUGGGAAUGGCAUGAAGUGUAAGUGUUUUUAGUUCUUCCCAAUUGGUUGGUGGAGAGAAGUAUUGCUGUUAUUUCAGGACUUACCAACUUGUCAUUUUGAAAUACCAAUUUUGAAAUAAUUAAAUUAUUCUAUUCGCUCCAUAAGGACCCUUUACAUUCUUUGGCAUUUUAACAACUUGGAUUUAUGGUUUUUAUUGCAAUAUGAAAUUACCCACUAAAAAACAGCAGAGCCGGACAGACCUGACAGUCCUCAUUAAGCAGAACAUUCCAUGUUUCCCUAAAGGGAUACCCUAGGCACCAAAACUAUUUUAGCUUAAUAAAGCAGUUUUGUAUAGAUAAUUCCCCAGCAGUGUCAGUGCUUAAUUCUCUAUAAAUCACGUUUUUCUGUUUAUGCAGCCCUAGCCACACAUCCCCUGCUGUGACUCCUCCAGCUUCCUGGGAAAAAAAAAGUUUGUUUCAAACCAAUCUUAGAGCACAAUGUGUUUAUUUAGAAGUUAAUCUCUUUAAAAACACAUAGGAGGCUGCUGCAGACCUUAGCAGGUGGUUAAUAGAGAAGGAGAUAAGUAAAUUAAACACACUGUGCAACAAGGAAGAGUCAAAAUUAAUCUCUUUUUAAGGAAGAAUCUGUUUUGAGAGAUGUAGCUAUGGGAGAGAAUUGAGCAGUGAGAUUGCAGGGUAAUAUAUAUAUAUAACACAUCUGUUAAAGUGUCUCAGUCACCUUAAAAUAAUAUUUUUGAGUAUUUCCUAAAGACAACAUCUUUGCAAAAUGCUGAUAAAGAGUGCAUUGGAGUUUCAAAAAAAUAUAUAUUAUAAAAUAAAGUAGGGACCACUUUGUCUUAUGGUUAAACCCUUACUUGACAAAAGGAAGAGCUUGUCCUAUCAGUUCCCAAAGCCAUCGCUGGCAACAGAUGUGAGAAUCAGGCAUUGUCUCGUUCAUCACGAGACAUCUAUGGAGGCUCUCAAAGGAUCCUCUAUAGGUAUUAGUGUUGUACUCUUGUGUAUACAACACUGACGUGGUCUGAAUAACGCACACGGUAGUACCCGUGGGAAAUAGUUUCAGGUAGAUUUCAUUUAUCUCUGCUGCAAAAUAUGCAAAGGAUCCUUUAAAGUUGACCGAGCCAUUUUUAAGUAGCUCAUGAUUAUCUUGUCACACUUUAUUCUGCCAAGUCAGAUCACUCAGGGUUGUUUAGGCCAUCAGCUAACCGAACAGAUGUGUAUUAUAAUCUCAUUUCUUGAUGUAGGAUAGCGCAAGGUGCGAAUCCAGUGGGGCGGUCUUGGCAUUCUUUAACACAGGCUUCAUCACACAGCCUCUUUCUGUUUGGGGGGUUCACCACCGAGAAACAACCACUGAGUAAGUGAUUAUUUUAUGACAGACAUAGAAUUUUAUAUGGAAUAUAUUGAUUUUAUUCAGCUGCUCCCUCCUUUAGGUCUUCCACUAUGUUAGUAGCCUUGACAAUGUCAAAUGUGUUAGUGGUUUCUCAGGAAAUGAUAGAUCGGUACUUGUCAAAUUGACACCCCUUUGUGUUCCUCUUCAAAGUGUUAUAGACUUAACCAUUUUUAUUGAUUUCUUAAUAGCGUAUUGUCAGCUGUGAGUAAAUGAAGUGAGCUGUUAUUGUAAAAUGACUUAGGCCAAUUUCCCUUCUACACCUAAAAUCAUUUCACGUAAAAUAUAUGCACGUUUUGAUUAACUUGUUUGUCGGGGCUCUCUUUUCAGUAAAUAAAGAGAGAGAUAAAUUUUGACCUUUUCAAGAUAUAUAUCCUUGAAAGGAAGUUCAUCUUGUCGAGUUCUAAAAACCCUCAUGUACGUAUUUAAUUGACUAACAAGGUUUCCCAUGUACAAGUUUGUAAAUUAACAAAUCCUCUGAUACAGACUAGGGGAAUUUCAAACAUAACUCCAACCAAACUUUUCCUAUAGACGUACCUUAAAUCCCGUCUUCUACACCAACUUUUACUGUUAUCUUUAUUUGUUAAAGAAACACUGCACUCAAUAUCACAACUCCAUCUAAUUAUUAGGGUGUUCUAGUGCCUACUAUAGAAUCCACCCUUGUCUUUGUCUCCAAAAUGCUUUCUUUUAACAGUUAGAAGGCUUGGAAACGUGGCUUCAACCCACGCUUUCUAACCCUCUGGAUAGGAGACCCGGGAUUGUUACUUUCAGGAUCUCAUACCCAGGCAUUCCAUGACAUCAGGCAUGCAUGCGCAGUGCCAUCAUGACUUGUCAGAGAAUAGAUGCAUUCAAUGAUUCUCUAAAAAGAGAAUGAUUGGCUGAUUAUGAUGAGCUCUGCGCAUAUGCCUACUGUCCAAACUGCUCCUCUGUGAGGUGCAUCGGAUUGGACUGUCAUCCUGGAGGCAUGCGAGGAGGAGCGGGUGGUAGCACUGAGGGAGACUCUGCUUUAGAUUAAAGGUGAGUAAAAAUAAUUGAAUUUUGUAUUUCAGUACACUCACGGGGGGCCUGCAACUAGCUAGAGACAGAAAUAACAUAGCUUUGUAGUGUAGUGUCCCUUAAAGGAAGGGGCAUUGAACUCCAAAUUGAUUAAAAUUCCUGGCCACUGAAGCCCGCCAGGUCUAUUUCACAUUCACUAGGGGUAAAUUUUUAUUUGUCAGGGUUACAUUUUCACUCACUAGGGGUGAGUGGAAAUUUUGAGCCUUGCUCUAUAAGAUAUAUGCAAGAAGAAUGGCUACUCACCUGUGUAUAAAGUCCAAUAUCCUGUUUGUCACAAUUGGUGUGUUAACAACAUAGAGCUUAUUUCUUAUUGGCCUUAAAUAGUUCUUUAUCUUUUAAUCUGCUUUUUAGAACAAUCUGUAGCACUAUAUUGCAUGUCCUGUACACUAAUGUUUCAAUUGAAAUGUAAAUAUUCUUGCCUCCCGAAACCUGUCUGAUCUGAUUGCAGGUGAUGCGUGGAUUUACAACCUCUCUACAAAUGAGUGGAUCCCAUUCAAGAACAAUCACUCUGAGAAACCAAGGUGAGUUUUGCUGGGAAGUGUAACUAGCAUACAGAAAAUGCAAAGAUCGAGCAAUCUGUCUAUUAACAGCAAUAGUUAUCCUUGGCCCCACAAUUUCCAUGAAGCAUCUGCCAGCCUAUAGACGUACGAAAGCGUACACAUUGUACAAGAGAAAUUUCACAUAUCAGUGGCUCUGAUGGUUGUUUAUGAAUUAAACACAGAAUUGCAAACGAUAAGCAAAAACUGCUAACGUGGAAAAAAAAAAAACUCUAACUUGGAUAUUAAAGACACUAUAAUCACCAGAACUACAGGUCUAUAGCCUGUUCUUGCAGGAAUUUUACUAUAAACCCUGCCUUUUCAGAGAUGAGGCAAUGUUUACAUUGCUGCCUAGUAGCACUUCUAGUGGCAGUCACUCAGAUGGCCACUAGAGGUGCUUACUGUAUCAGUGCUGCACAGUGUGGAGCACCUAUGUUCAGCGUCUCCACAUGCCGAGACCAGCGUGGCGUGGGAGAAAAAGUGAGUAAAAUCACCCUUAAUAUCGCGAGAAAGGUGGCCAUGGACCUUAUGCUGCAUUCCAGCACCUGACACUAUAGUGUUCUUUUUUUAAAUCACUUGGUUUAUGCUGCCCUAGUAACUCCUUCCAUACACACUUGAUGAAGAAGAGCCUACAUUUUCGAGCUUCCCUUAUCUUAGUGUGCAAUUUAAAAUUUCUCUCCUGCUCGGUUUGUUGCCUGAUAGUCAAUGGCACACCCGUUUGUGUACUGUAAAAAUGUUUUGAUUAAGGCUGCACAAACAGUGAUUUAACUGUUAACCGGUAUAGACUCCACAGGGCUGCUUCGAUACUUAGUGACCCUUAACUUGAACAUUGUGACCCUGCAGAAAUGAGGGAUGUUAUCCUUUUGUGUUUGUUUUGCAGGUUGUGGCAUACAGCCUGUGCCAGUAAAGAAGGUGAAAUCUUUGUCUUUGGAGGGUGUGCGAACAAUCUUCUUGCUCAUGAAAAAGCGGUAACAUUUUUGUUCUAAAUAAAUUUUAAUUUGCACCAAAUUCAUUUAAACCCUCUGAUCAGUUUUCUCUGCUAUUGUGGUGGUUUGUGGCGCUCAUGAUCUCUGGGCACUAACACAACUAAGUGCAUUUGAAUGUUUAUUUUUUUUGUUUGUUUUUUUUUUUUUUCAUUCUGCACAUACAAAUUAAAUAUAACAUACUCUUAUACAUAAAUGUACAAAAAAAGACAUGAGUCUUGCUGAAGCUUAUUUCCCUUUUUCUUUCUCCUUAUUAAUUAAAUCAGCAAGGGCUGACAGACAAACAUGUAAAAUAAACAAUUAUCUUGGCAUGGAGACUUCCCUCAGAAAAUGAGAUUCCUUCAGGGCAUUGUGAGGAUUAUUCACUUGUGAGCCAAUUUGUUCUUUCCUUUUGACUUCCCUUAGAUUUGUUUAGCCAACCAUGCUUCCCAUAUUUCCUUGUGUAAGAACAUUUUCUGUCUUGCGAAGUAAGCAUUGAUGAGAAAUCUGAUUCUUAAUCCUUAACCAUUCUAUUUCACGUUGGUUUUUCCAUUGCCUUGCUAUAAUGAUUUUCAUAGCUAAUAAUAUCUGUAUUGUCAAGGCUUUAUUAGAAAAACUUAGAUUAUCUCAUCAAAAAUGAAAUAGAGCAGUUUCUGAUGACAUUGGGAUUAUAAUGCCCGUCAGUUCUGAAAUUAAGGAGAAUAUUUUCUGCCAAGUUAUUUCGAUUUUCUCACAAGACCACCAUGUGUUUCAAAUUACCAUGGUGUUUAUUACAUUUCCAGCAUAGUGGAUUAUCUUUAGCUUUAAAUUUAUGUAAUGUCUCUGGGUAUAAAUGCUAUUUGUUUACAACUUUUGAAAUUAAGUUCCUGUAGUGAGAGGCAAUGAGUUAUCUUUCCCGCCAUAAUUCCCUGUCUUUAUGGGUUGAUAUAUCUUUACCUUUUAUUAUGGGGUAAAUAACUUUCCAGCAAGUCAUACCAUGCUCUCAUAAUUAUUUGUGGUCAAGUUGUUGUAUAGAUCUUGAACUCUUGAAGACCUAAGCAUUUGAAUGGUUUUAGCCUUCUAUCUAUUGUUCAUUUUGCUUUACUUGUGCUAAAACAAUAUAAAGAAGAAGUGACUUGCAGCAUAACUCCCAUCUUCUUUUUUUUCUCUCUACCAAACUUUAUCCGUAGUGGAAGAUAAAAGGAUGUUAUCUCAGCCAAUGAGAGAUCAGUGUGAUGUGAGCUGCUGACAUAAGUGUGGCUCACCUGAUACUCAUUGUCUUCUUACUUUCGGUAUAGUAUGUUAAAGCCACAGUAAGGGGAAAGUGAGACAUAAGAAAACAGUAAAUCAAAUAAAAAUACAAACUAAGUGACAAAAAAAGUUACCACUAGUUUAAACCCUUAAGGACCAAACUUCUGGAAUAAAAAGGGAAUCAUGACAUGUCAUGUGUCCUUAAGGGGUUAAAGGGUGGACUGCUUACAAGAAUGAAACUUACUCCAAAUUGGGUUUGGUUUUAGAUUUUAAUAAGAGAACAGUAACUGGUUGUCUGAAGUGCUUCCAGCAGCUCGGCUCAAUUUGACCUCUCAUUGUGUAAGCUGAGUACUUGAAAUAAUAUUUUAUUUUUAAAAAAAGUGUGACUGAGGGGGUGGAGGUAUGCUGCAAAACUGGCUUUGAAUGGAGAAAAUCAUAAUAAAUAUGAUUCAUAUUUAAAAACCUAUCAAACGCUUUAAUGGAAGACUGCUCACCAAAUCCACUUUGUGUCAGUGAAGUAGUUAUGGUGCCUGGAGUCCACUAGCACCUUCUUACCUUUUAAGUGUUAAACCAUUUUCGAAUAGUGGAGUCAACUGGCACCAGUCCAACUUCCUUAGUCCAGAAAUAUUUGCUUGAGCAACAGUACUAGACUGAAAGUGUCACCUGAAACUCUCUCACUGGCGGCCCAUAAUAAUGCUUCACUAAUGUAAGUAUAUUUCUGAAGCGUUACUCAGCAUGGGCGGUCAAUGAUUAACUGACACACUCAACCUAGCAGCCUAAGGUGAGGAAGCAGGAUCGCCACCUGGGGGACUUUGCUAAAACAGUUUUAGAAAUAACUGUUAUAAGAAGGUGCAGGUGGACUCUAGGUACUAUAAUCAUUUUGUUGACAUUAGGUGGUUGUGGUGUGCAGAGUGCCCUUUAAAAUAAAUAAAAAGGGGGGGGGGGUUAUUCCAAUAUGGAUGCCUCCACACUGAAACAUCAGCAGAUCAUCUGGUAAUUCCAACUAAAUUAAACUUGCUCAGAUGAAAAUAAAGUAUCAUUGUAAAGGUAAUUGUGGACAAAUAUUUUGAAAUGACAGUGACACUUCCAACAGCUAUAGAGCCAGACCGUGUUGUUCUAUGUAACAUAUUGUUGAUUAAUGGUAGUCUUAAUGCUACACUGUGUCAAACGGUUUUAUUUAAGGGGGAACUACAGUAGCUCAGUGUGGUUAUUCAUCGGUUCUUAAACUAUUUGGAGGGGGGGGGGGGGCUUUGAUAAAAUUGGGGUAUUCUACAGCACCCAUAGUCAAACGAGCUGCACUUAUAAUGCAGAAACUACAGUUCAGCAGUUGCAAUGCAAAUCUAUCAAACAAGGAUAGCAUGACCACCUAGGUCAGUAAUGUAGAAAUAUAGUGGUUAUGGUGCUCAGUGUACAUUUUAUAAAAAGGAAUAGUUACCUGUGCCUGUAAACACUAUUCUAGUUUAUUCACUUAUUAGAAACUCGUGGCAAAUUGAAACUCAAUCUAAAUUACCCGUGCAGGAACUAGAUACCCUGGAAAAUGUUUCAACUUGGCAAUUUGAUAUAACACUUGCUGCUGAGUAAGUAAAGUAAACCUCUACUGAAUUAUUUACUGGUAUGAACGGUGCAGCUAAGGAAAAUAAAGCCCAUUUUAUUUGUGCUAUGUGACCUAGGCACACAUUGAUCUUCUUAUCAUACAUUUCCACAAGCCUGAAUGUGUUAAGGACCCUCCAGGAUUGCAGUUGAAAGUACAUUUUAAGGCCUGGCUAUUAGUGUAGGACUUUAAGGGUUUUUAUUUUUAUUUUAUUAUAAUAAUGUAUUGUUCAUGCAAUGUGACAUUUUCUGCACUGAUAACCUGCUCUUUUUCCCCCCAGGCUCACAGCAAUGAAGUUUUAAUAUUUCCGAUUCAACCCAAAUCCCUAGUCAGGUAAAAAUGUUUUGCGUUCUCAUAUAUGACAUGAUUGAAUUAGAAACCCACAGUUAGAAGCAUUGCUUAUGCUACAGUAGACCUGAGAGACAUUGCAUCUCACUCGUAAUGCAAAAAGGUGUGGCAAACAUAUGCUUACACCCAUUAAAUCAAUGUUCAAACAAUGGUGCAGUUCUAAUUUGUGAUCCUUUGUUUGUUACAUUAGCAAGAUACUGUCUGCCACUCAUUACAAGCAUUCAAAUUAUCAUAAUUACUUAGCAUAGAAGACAGAGAAUCUGUGUGCAUUGUAAAAAUGUUAAAUAAAAUCACAUUAUGGAACUGUUUGCUUAUAAUGGAAUUGGUGUUCAAGGUGAAGGCAUUGUCUACAGUUUCAGUGCUUUGAACAUGUUCCUGCGGUUUACAAUUUAAUGACAUUAGAAUAUGUUUUCCCUCCCACAGGCUCUGUCUGGAGGCAGUCAUAUCAUUCAGGGAUAUGUUGGCCAACUCUCUUGAUCAUCUUCCCAAACACCUCCUUCUUAACAUCCAUCAGAGGUUUGCAAACAGUAACAAAACCUCAGGCUCUUGA